AUGUGGGCCCCUAAGAAUAAUAACCCCGCCAUUUCGGCACCACCGAAUUUGUAUUUUCAGCUUGCACUUCGCGACAACGACAGCGAAGAAGAACUCAAAGCUGGAACACGCAGUGGCCGUCGCCGCAAACCCUCCAAGAAACAGAACCACAGGCCAAUCCAACGCUUCUCUAUCUCCAGCCAAGCUAUUUCUUCUACAUCAACCUCACCACUUUUUCCCCCCAAACCCGAAGACGAUCCGAGCGACGAUUCUAGUGGUGGUUACGAAGAGCCUAACGAGGAUAACAAGAACAACUCUGGCGACGAAAGUGACGAAUACAAGGACGUCGAUCUCACUCAAGCGCUUCUCAACUACGUAACCCACCGACUCGAAGAGCUAAUUGCUGAGCGCGUAAUCGAGGGGCAACCUAAGGAACUGCUUGAAGAGUCUUCUGACGAUAUUUCCGAGUGCAACAUGGCCGCUCAAGAGGAGCAGCAGGAAUCGCGUCAGCAGUAUGCUUUCGUCGACGGCAAUUUUGCAGAGCUAGCUCAGGACUUGGCUAACCACCUCAACGUUGGCGACGACGUCAAGUCUAUUAUUGAGAAGGACGAGAAGGAUCAGCAAGAUGAGGUGCUCAAGAAGCUGAUCAUCGCAUCUGCUUCUCUGCACUCGGUUCCUGAGAGAGAGUUUACUGCCAACUAUAACCUGCUUAUCUACCUGGUUUUGCAAUCUGAUCAUGUCGGCAUGUUCCUCCCUCGAGUUUGCGACAAUCUCAUGAAGCCCGUCACCUCUUCGCCAGUUCACGGCCCUGCACUCGCUCUCCAGGCACUCACCACCAUCUUCAAUCUGCUUCAGCAAGAGAACGAGCACAAUUACGAGUUGCGCUUCAAUGUCCUCAUGGCAAUCUUGCGAUUCAUCAAGCUGAAUAGCAUGUACGACAAUCUUAAGAAGGCCUUACCUAACGUCAAAGAGUGGCUUAAGCAGUGGGAGACUGACGAGGAGGACCAGCGAAAGCUAUUCCUCGAGAUGGCGGAGGUAGCUCAUGAUGCAGGUGAUGACGAGGCUUCCUACCAGCAUGUCCUCAGUGCUCUACACACAUUCGAUGAAGAAGACGUUAAGUCAGAGGAGGCCCAGCAAUUUGCCCUCCGUGCCUUGAAGACAGCGCUUCUUUCCCCUACCCACAACGACUUUCAAGACCUUCUUGCCGUCCCAGCGAUUCAAGCGCUCUCUGACUCCCACCCUCUCUACUUCGAACUACUCACAAUCUUCGCCGAGAAGGAUCUAGAGGACUACAAAGACUUCAACGACGAGCACGAGGGCUUCAUCGAGAAGGAACACCUUGAUGGAGACAAGCUUCAUCGCAAGAUCCGACUGCUCACCUUUGCGAGUUUAGCAGCUAGCACCCCCAACCGCGAGAUCCCGUACGAGAACAUCGCCAAGGCCCUUCAGAUUCCCAUCGAGGAGGUUGAGAUGUGGACGAUCGAUGUAAUUCGUGCCGGCCUAGUCGAAGGAAAGUUGUCGCAGCAAAAGAAGGUCUUCCUGGUCCACCAGACAUUCUACCGAGUAUUUGGCGAGAAGCAAUGGCGCGAGGUCGGCGAUCGUCUCGAUGGCUGGCGAACCCUGAUCGCUAAUGUGAUCGCCAACCUACGCCGAGAGCAAGCCAACGCCGAUGUGCAUAAGAAACGCGAGGCAGAAGAGCUCGAGCGACGCCUAGCGAACACGGGUAUUGGUGGCGGUAAUCAGUCGGGUGCUGGUGGCGGUGGACGCCGAGGAGGUGGCAAUCAUGGCGAGCGAGCGCCUCGCAGAGAGCGAGCUGAGGAUGACGAUUAG